AUGAUUUCAUUAUUUUCCUUAUUCUUAUAAUUAAGCUUAGCUGAAAUUCUGAUUUAAAAUUUGGUUAAUACAACAAAAGGAAUAUAAAAUACUUCAUUCAACUCUUAAUGUGAAAAUUUACUUCCUUAAAAUAAGCUCAAAAUAUCACUCACAUAACAAUCUUAAGAAAUAUCCAUAUUAGCAAUUUGUUAUAACAAACUUGAGAAUGUACAGAAUUUUGAACAACUUCUUGAUUCAUCUAAUGAUAUAUCUAACAAUUGUUUUGUAGACUACAAUGCUUAUAUAUUAAAAAACAAGACUUAAAUUAUCUUUAUGUCGCAUAAUGAAUAUCCAACUUUAGUAUCGUAAUAUCACAAAAUUUUUCAAAUUGAAAGAAAUCAAUGUAAUGCAGUUAUUUAUUCAUCUACUGACUCUAUUUAUAUUUUGACAGUUGAAUCUUUUGAGAUAGAUGAUUGUGCAGAGUAAAUUUAAUUAUUAUUUUAAGGGAUUGCAAAAAUAGAGGUGUUUGUGUAAAAGGUUUUUGUUAAUGUCCUUUAGGUUUUGUUGGAUAUGAUUGCUCAAUAGCAGCUACAAAUAUUGAAUAAAAUACCUAUUUUUUUGGUUUUUAAAUCCAGUAUUUAGAUUUAAUCACCUUAUAGUCAGUAGAUUAUAUAAUUGAAUUAAAUUCUGAAAUAUCUUAUUCAAUUUAAUGUUAUUCUAACUCAUCACAUUUAUUUAUACCCAAUCAAAAAGGAAAAAGUUUGAAGAUAGAAGAAAAUCAAAUAAAUUUAUGUAAAUAACAAACAUAAUUAUUGGAACAAUUAACAAAUAUAAAUUAUUAUUCAUAAUUUAUUAUUGUAACUAACACUUCAACUAUUGUAUAAUAUUCAGAAUACAAUAAUUAAUAAUCAUCAAGUAUUAUAGUUAUAAUAGUAUUGACAACAAUUUUAAGCAUUAUAAUUAUCUUAAUUAUUGUAAUAUAUAUUCUUAAAAUAAAAAGUAAAAAUCAAGAAUAAAAAAAUAAUAUCAAUUAAAUUGAAUAUUUUAUGCCUGUUUAACAAUUCUUAUCAGUAACAGAUAGGAAAUCAUGUAGUAAAGAUGAAUAAUUUUGUUCAAUUUGUUUAGAACUAUUUAAACCUGAAAGUAAUGUUAGAAUUACAUAUUGUGAACAUAUAUUUCAUGUAAAUUGUUUGUAAAAUUGGAUGAAAAAGAAUAAAGUAUCAAUCUUAUUACAAUAUUAGAUAUGUCCAUUGUGUAGAGCUGCUUUGGAUACUAUAACUAUUUAAUCAAAAAAAAUAAAUUUGUAGAAUCCUCAAAAAACUCAUAUAUUACAUUAAUUGAGUUCAUAACAUAAAAAUGAUGGUUCUCUAACUUCAAUUGAUGGAAGUCUUACAUAUCACUCGCCAAUUACUAAACAACUUGCAGUAGUUAAGCACUCAAAAUUCCUAAAAUGA